AUGGCCCGAAUCGGCGCCCAGCUCAGCCGCGGCGCGCCGCCGGCCUCGCUCCUGCUCGUGAUCGCCCUUGCGGCCUUGGCCGCGCUCGCCGCCCCCGCGGCCGCCCAGACCCUCGCCCUCAGCUACUGCCGCGACUGCUCAUAUCGCUGCAACAAGCAGAUCGACGUGGCACAAACCAACUACACCGCCGCCCUGACCACAAUCAAGUCGCUGCAGACGCAGCUGGCCGCCGCCACCGCCGCCAGAAACACCGCCACCGCCGAGGCAGCGUCGCUGCGCACCCAGCUGGCCGCGGCGCAGACCACGAUCCAGACGCUGACCUCCCAGCUGCAGGCGGCGACGGCGCCCCCCCCCCUCGUCGACGGCGCCGGCCACGACGACCACCAGCGACGGCGGCAGCAACUGCGCGGCCGCGCUGGCCGAGGCGCAGGCUGCCUCGGCCGCGCUGUCCGCGCACUGGCUGACGCGCGGGCCACCAUCGCCGCCCUCAACGCAACGAUUAACGCGGCGCCGGCGACGCAGGGGACGACGGACACCACUUGCUCGGCUCAGCUCUCCAAUGCGACAGCCAGCCUGUCCACCUGCCAGACCAGCCUUGCUGCGGCCAACGCCAAGAUCUUGCAACUGCAGAAGGAUAUAGCCGGCUACCAGCAGGCCGCCGCGAUCAGUGCAAACACCUGCAACGGGCAGCUCUCUUCCUGCCAGUUCAACCUGGAUAUGUGCAACACCCAGAGGGUGCAGCUGCAGGGGCAGCUGCAGCAGACGCAGCUGUCCUACAUGGACCAGAUCAACAAGUGCCAGGUCUCCUUGGCCGGCUGCCAGCAAAACCUCACGACGUGCCAGACCCCUACAGGGCGCCGCUGA